AAUAUUUUUCGAAAACAUUCGCCAAAUUAUUUUUUAACAAAUUUAAAUUAAUUUUUACCUAUAUCUGCAUGUAUUAAUAAUUAAUAUUAUGUUCUUUAAAUAUUAUUUAGGAAAUUUUCUUUUAUUUAUCGUUCCACGAUUCUGUCCAUUUAUGAAUUAAUUACAUUAAAUCACUAGUAAGUUCGUAUAGAAUAUCGUUGAACGGGCAUUAACUUUAUAAGAAAGCGUUAUAUGGAUGUAUGAUUUUAUCUGAGAUUUCUUCUGUAAUGUUUCUGCAAUACAGUUAGACAUGAUAAUUUAUGAAAGAUAAAAUCAUUUAAUCAAAAGAAAUCAAAACUAGAUACGAUGUUUCCAAAGUAAUCUAAUCGCAUUAGGUUAUAUUCACUGAUCUAGUCGUAGAGGAAGCAAUUCUUAAAAAACCAAAUUGAAAAUCAGUGCCUGGCAAAGAAGCUGGAUGAACAUACCGUUUCCAUAUUAUCAUGUUAAUAAGCAUUUAAUAUCACAUUUUUUACUAAGCUCGUAAAUUUACCGUUAAAGCUGUUUUAAGCGCCAUGUGUGCCUCGCCUUUCCCACGAACGUUAUAUUAAAAAACCUAUGUCGACGGUAUUUCAAUUGUCGCAUACGCUUUUACAUAUCGCGAAUUGCAAACAUUUCUAACAUUCAAAAUUUUUAUGUUUCGACCUUAGUCGGAUCAUGUAUGUAUUAUAGAUCCGUUUACCGAUCUACUUCAUUCAAAGGAAUUCAAUUAAUUCGUGCAAAUGAACCGCUUGGUUAAAGGCAAACUUUUCGCUUGGAAGGAAUACACGAGGCAUGCGCAUGUGUAUUUUUGUGCAGUCAGAGUGGCGGAUUCGUAGGCUGGUUGGUCGCGAAGCGAAGGGCCGCGUCACGAAGGCAAAGUUAACGGCCCAUAAUUCAUAGCCGACAUAUAAUAAAUAUCGUUACUCCAUCGUAAGCGCACGUAGACACGCGCAUUGCGGUCUUAUGUGCACGUACCCUUCGUGUAAUAUGUAUGUAAAGAUGUAAAUGUUGGCGACUCCAUAUAGGCUUUCCCUGAGAUUACGUGGUGAGCUUUCGUCCUUGGCAGAGGUAAUAAAAGUCUCCUUUAACAAUGCACUCACGCGCAGAAUAAAAUAAUAGUCGCCCUUUUUAAAAGCCUUUUUACCCUUUUAUCGUGUACCGUGAAUAUACAGGCGUUUUUUGAAAUUCGGAGUCAAGAGAAAUUCUUUAUCGGACCGUAGCUUCUUUAAACGUAUUGCUUUUAUGCUCGUUAACUCAUUUAUCUUUGAAACGUUUGUGCUAUCUUCCAGUAUAUGUCAUUUGCAUUUUAUGUAACUGGUUUUGUAAUAAAUAAUUGUGUAAUUGUCGUUACUUUUAAUAGAAUAUCUACAUUUAUUUCGAGUUUUAAAAAGUAUUCGCAUAAUAUAUUUUUGUAUCUUUUUUAGGUUAUUUUUUUUUUUUUUAUGAAUUCGUUUCUUUCGCCAUAUUGAUUUAUUGCUUUAAAAUUAUGUUUAUAAAAAUUAAUUUAUAUACAAAUUAUAAACUUAUUUCCGAAUCUAUUACAUUACAGUAAGACUACACCGACUAUAUAUGUAAAUGACUAACGGUAGGCAGAAACAAAAAAAAUUUAUACACUCGCAUUUUUAUUCUUCCAUGCCAUUGGGUCAUUGAACUUACGAAACAACGUUGUAUCCUUGAGUUACAAGUUUAUGUUUUUCGUUUUCUUCGACAUCGUGUAUAAGAGAGAAUAUGUAUAAAUAAAUGCAUGCGUGUACGUUACGACAAUUUCAUAUAUUUCACAUUAAUUUCAACGAUCCUCCGAAGGAAUAAGUUCCAAAGAUACUGCAAAUAUGCUUGUAAACUCCACUCGUGUGUAUGCGCGUGUGUAUCAAAACGAGAUAAAAAAUAUUAUACGCGCAGAGGAACCCAAAAUAAGGUGAAUAAAAAAUAUCUUGCAUGGCCGACCACCGCGGUUUGCGGUUACAGCGUGCAACGAAAAAAGAAUUCUUCAUUUCGUCUCUUUCUUCUUCCUUUCUUCGUUCGACUUGUUCCUGUCCUCUCGGUUCGCCAUCCUUCUCUUCGUUCUUCGUUCGUGAGACUUUCAACGUGUGUAGACAGCCGGAUUUAUAUUCAAAUGAAUCGCCGUGGAAGGGUCGACUUAUCAACGUAUCAAACCCGACGAGGCGAAGAAUAGACAAGGGGGUGAGUCGCGAAAGAAUGUUUGCUUCUUGAUCGAUCACUGGUAUCGCUUCAGGGAAUUGUUAUUAAUUAUCCUAAGAACUUGUUCCUUGAUAAUUAAUUCUGGAAUACGAAGAACGCCCAUUUCGUAUUGUAGUCGAAUCUGUCAUUUAUCAUAUUAUUAUCCAACUAAAUAUUUAUGUAUCAUUGACGACUGACGUUCAGCGUUGAAAAUUAAAACAAAUUUUAUAUUUUAUAUCGUAAUAUAAAAUGUUUUCAAUAUUUCAAAAGACCAAUGUAUAUAGUUUCUAACUCUUUGUACUUGUACGAAAUAUUUUUUAGUAUACUCGCGCGAUACGUUGUAAUUAAUAGGCACAGAUUUAUAUACGUAAAAGAUAACCGUGAGAUAAUUACGUAGACAGAUAGCCGAUAAGGACGACUGCCCUUUCAAAAUAUUACGCGGCGAAUAGUCAUCAUUUUGUGAACAAGCUCGAAAAGUUUUUCGAGGGCGCAAUUAUCGGCAGAACGAUUUCCUUCGUUCGCGCCGCUACAUGACUUUAUUUAGCUUUAGUUUGUUGAAACCGGUUGCAAGCGACUUCUCUCUUCUCUUACUGCAAUACCGAGAGUUCGGUGCUCCGCAUCAUUUAGGGUUCCUCGGGUGGAGGAAGGAAUUUCGCGUUCACCACGCUCGACAGCUUCUUUCGCAUAAAGGUAAUCCUUCGUGCAGCAACUUUCGAACGAUUUAGUAAUACGUACUUUGAUUUAUCGAGUAUUUAUGAAUUCGUAACACCAAACAUUUUUCGUUGGGUUGCGUUUAUAAGUUGCACGAUUUCGAAAAAAAUAUUACUAGAAACGAAACGUUAUAAUUCAUAUGAAUAAUUGGGUUGCAACUGCGAUAUCAAUCGGAUUAAUUAGCGAACAGAAUGAUCAAAUUUACUGUACGAUUAUAAAUACAAUUAAAUUGCGACGAAGUGAUUUAUUAAGUUAGUUACGAUAUAAUAGAUUACAGACGAUAAUCGUAACGCAACAAUUUAGUUGCGAUAGUCGAUUUAUCUUGCGAUCGAGGAACUUUUAAAAGCUUCGAUCCCUUCGGGGAAUGACGUUCAAGUGCAAAGAAAUUCGGUCAGGGCCGUCAUACGACUCGAUCUUCCGCUUUUUGCAGUUAAAGAGUCGCGUCUUAAUUAUCCUUUUUUCUUAUCCGUCGGAGCUUGUAAAUUACAUUCCAUGGUUGGCCGACGUACCAGGAGGAAAGCGGAUCACCGUGCUUCGCAUUAGAUCGAGCGUGGGUAGCUUGCGUCAUUAAGCAUAGUAACUUACGGUACAAGAAUGACUUUGGCUUUGGCGGAGAAAGUGACCGGGUGUGGCCAUUGCGAGACAUUGUACAUCGUACGCAUUUGUAUACACUAGCCUCGAAGAAAGAUUUUCGUUGUUCGUUGUCUUUGACAGCGUCUAUUGUUCUAUCAAUUUUUCCCUUGUCUCAAUGGUUAAGACGUUUCUCUUAGUAAAGCUGUUCUUAAACUGCAACCUAUAAGGAUGUAAAUCUCAUUUCUAACAGCCGGGUCUGGCAGUACGGCAGUUAUUAUCGAGAAAGGAAUUUAGUUGAAGAAAUCGGCGAAUUCUUUUUGUUCUAAUGAAUUCUUACUUAGCGAGAAAUUGAACGUAAUUCAUGCGGAGAUAUUAUCUAUGUUCUAUGAUUUUUGUACAUUAUGAAACAAAUAUAAUUUUUUUCAUAUAUGAUUAUAUUUUCAAGGAACAUCGUUGCCGAUGUACUUUGUAUAGCUUAAUAUGUAUAAUUUCAUCAGAAUGGUACAGAUUGUAUCGUACCUAAGGAUAUAUCGUAAAUCCAACAUGUCUUCGUCGACUGAUGUUUGCUUGGAAUAACGAGAAGGACGUAAAGCAUGUUCAAACCUCGAAUAAACGUAGAAAAACUGGCUUCCAAGUCUUGCCAGGUACGCUGCAAAGCUUUGUGUCAAAUUUGGUAAGUUUAAUAUUUAUGUUUCCGGUUGAAGCCGGUUUGUCGGUAGCAUUAUUGCGGAACAUAUAAAAAAAGAGCGGGCAUAUGUAUCGAAAAUCUUUAACCGUACUAAAAAAAGAAUUAAUUGAAAUUUAAAACAAUGUUGAAAUCAUUAAACUACGAUAGAUAUGUCCUCCACAUCUCGCAUAAAAUUAUAGAACAGGGACGAGUACGAGUUAUAUUCUUUUAUUUUUAGUUAUAGUUUCCCACGGACUAAUGGAUGCUUUGGAUAAGUGUAUCCAUAAUUGCAGUACUAAAAGUUGACUUCUACUUUUAAACAUAUAGGCGAUGACUUGGAUCGCUAAAAUAAACUGCAUCGAAUUAAACGCCAUUAAAAUGUGGUGUCCGUCGAGUAUACGUUAGUAGCGGAAAUGAUGGAAAUUCUAGGCACUGAUGCAUUCGAAUUUCAAGAUUUUUAUCUGGCGAGCUCUGUGUUUGGAAUCAUUGUUUUCAGGAAACGUAAGAAACGUAAGACGUGUUCGAACUUACUAUCAACCAAGUUGAGCCACCCGAACCAAACGUGCAAACGGUUUGGCCGGUUUUCGAGGUAGAGUUCAUCGAACCUUGGUUGCAAGGGAUUGAUCGUGUAUGGCUACUGAAGUUCGAGCUCAAACAGGACGCGCCGCUUAGAUCCAGAAACAAAAUCUCUGUUAUCACUUUCAUCAGCUACGAAUAAUUUUAUAAGCAAUUUCUAGGCCAAGCGAAUUCCGUAAUGAAAAAGAAGACCGUGGAUCUGUCCGUGAGAGUAUUUGCCAUUUUUCGUAGUUUAAGAAUGCACAGAAACUCGUUAAACAUUUCUUCGAUCUUUCCUCGUCCACCGAGCCGCGCACUCGCCUCUUUCCUCUUCUUUGCAACCGAGAAGAACCGUCCCGGGACCAUUGUUAAAUCUUUUUCGAGGUGUGCCAUUCUUCGGAGGAAAGGGAGGCGGGCGCAUAAGGAUGCGCUUACGCAGGAAACGGUGCAUGUCCCGGUGACGCUACAGAAACUUGGAGCCAUACAGAGCCAUACAGAGAUAACCACGGAAGUACGGAUGACGCGAUGAGACUGAGCCCGAUUAUCUUGUCGUGGGCCACAGCGAGCUGGCUUGGUCCAACCGGAACUACGGCGAUACGAGCUCAAGCCUCGAAGGACUACGAGUUGUCGACUGAAUUCUUCCUGGUACCUAGCGACGUAGCGAUGGACAAGAACGGUCUGGCCAGUGUAGCGAGUGUCAUCAGCGUUCCAGCACCGAACAGGACGGUUUCGGUGUUCAAAAUGCCUCCUGGAAAGAAGAACCAGGAGAUCGAGGUCGAUACUCGGCCGUACUCGAGGUCCUUGCUCAGACAACGACCCUGGGCUCUUCCUCUGGCGGCCCUCAGCGCAGCCACGAUGCUCCUCAUGGCUGGCUUCGAGGUUUUCGUACUGCUCAAGGCAAGGGUAACCGCGCCAAACAGACGACAUUUAUUUCUGGGACAAGCUCUACUUUUAGGCCUUUUCCUCCUGGCAGGACUCUCAGCAGCAGCCUCCCUCAGUCAAAACCCUCUGUCCUGCGCUGCAUUUAGAUUAGUCGGCUUACCUGCUGCUCUUGUAUUUGCAGCCUUGCUGGUUAAAUGCGUGUUCCUGCUCUCAUUAAAUAGCGGAGUUUAUCUACCAGCACCUUAUCAAGCACUAGUAUUGGGAUUCGCCGUGCUCGUGCAGGUAGCUAUCAUUGGACAAUGGUUUUACGGCGAACCACCUACGGUGGUUCAGGUACAAAAUACAGGACAAAACUCUCCAAUGUCCUGUUGCAAAACUCCUCUUGGACAGAUAGUGGCUUCCCUCGGAUAUCCGGGCGCGCUGUUGGUUGCAGUAGCUUGUUUAGCAGUUCGAGCACGCGGCGUUCGAGACAACAACCGGGAAGCAGCAUUUAUUGGCUUGGCUGUUGGUUUAUCGCUUCCGAUUUGGAUAUCGAGUGCGAUCGGUUCAGUGGCUGCCUCGACGGAGAGUGACAGAGAAGCCUGGCUAGCUUAUGGUUUAUUGACUACUUCCCUUCUCGUGUUCCUGACGAUGUUCCUGCCGAAGGGUCGGCAGUUAGCUGCCCUCGGUCGAGAAGCUUCCGCAACGGUGAUUCGUGAUCGAGACGAUGCUUUGAGCUCGCUUCCUGGCAGCCGUUACUCGCCUUCCUUCUUCCACUUCAAGCCAGCUGAAGCUUCUUUAAAGAGAAAGAUGCAUUAUCACAGCGGCGAUCGCGUGGCAUUAGUUUCAUCCGCUAUACCUGGAUGCACUGCCUGCAGGCAUGGUGGAAGCCCCAUAUACUCCGACGAUGUUCAUGCACCGAUGGAGACGUUCGUCUUACCACCAGGCAUGUAUUUGAGGCCGGAAGACGCAGGAAAUUUGUACACGACUCUAUCAGCAAAUCCGAACGUAUUCUUUCAACGAGCAGCUCAUCCCGGGAUGAUGUAUUGAUAAUUUUCCAGACACACAUUCAAAUAAAUGUCCGAUAAAAGGACCGCUUUUCUACAUUCUUAGAUUAGAUAACCACGAGGCGCACUUCGUUUUCUGUUCGCUUGUUUUGUUAUUGUAAAUAAUGAAACGUGUAAGCUUUGUUGGAGAUUUUUUAAUUAACUCCUCUCAUUCUGCAAGCUACGCACGAUUAUUUCGAUAACAAAUCAAAAUAUAGCAACUGGAGGCGAAUUUCGCAAGAAAUUAUAAUAAAGGUACGAUCCAUUUUUUAUA